AUGGUUCCAGAUAUGUGUGAUUGGGAUUGGGACCCAUAUAUAAGAGACGAUGACGGCGAUUUCUAUGAUUGGGGUCUGGUGUGGCUGUUCGAGCCGGAACCUGUACCUGUACCCAAUGGAUCAGAUUGGAAGCCACAGAAUAGGUCGCGCAUAUGCAGUGACCAUUUUAUUGGAAAUAAAAAGUCAGAAGACCCUCGUAGUCCCAGCUACAAUCCCACUAUUUUCCCAAGUAUUUAUAAAAAAAAAUAUACUUCAGACAAUAAGAAAAAUAUUGAAUUUAAAAAGGAAGAAGAUUGUAAUCUUUUAAUUCAGCAAGAUUCUUUAGAAGAAAAUGAAAAUAAUAUUCUUGGAUCUCGGACACUUGAUCAAGAAUGUCAAGUACAAAUUAUGUGUGAAAAAUUAGACUCUGAAAGAUCAAGCAUGCGUGUAUUUAUAUGCAAUCGAUAUAUUUAUAAUGAUAGUACAAAGUGUUCUGUAGAAACACAAACAUGUUGCCCAGAAGAGCCAAAAAUAAUAUACAAUAGAAAAAAAAUGGCUGAAAAAAGUUGUGGAAAUCAAGUUUCAUAUGUAGAUAAAUGUGUUGGAACAUCUGGUUUAUUAAAAUGUGAAAAUGGUUUUCAUGGUCUAAAAAGUAUAAAAACUGAUAGAGAAAUGCUUGAUUUGGCUGGAGUGACGUUAGCAAAUUUUUCAUUAUUGUUAAAAAUUAUUAUUGCAAAUGAACAAUAUAAUUAUAAAAAAAUUAAUGAAGAAAAUAGAUUGCUUAUAUUUUUGUUUAAAAUGAAAUGUGGAUUAAGUUUUUCAGCCUUAAGUGUGCUAUUUAAUAUAAAUAGAACAACAGUAACAAGAAUAUUUUAUUCUGUGCUUCAGCAUUUGAGCAGUGCUUGUCAAAAUUUUAUUACAUGGCCUAGUCGACACAUCGUAGAUGAAACUAUGCCCAAAUGUUUCAAAGAAAAUUAUUCUAAAUGUAGAGUUAUUAUUGACUGCACAGAGUUUUUGGUUGAGACACCUUCUUCUAUUGAACAUCGAGUGUUCUUUUACUCUCAAUAUAAAAAAGGAUACAGAUUAAAAAUUUUAGUUGGUUGUACUCCAUCAGGAUUUAUUUCUUUUAGAUCAAAAUGUUUUGGUGGACGUGCAACAGAUUCACAAAUAACAAUAGAAUCUGGAAUAUUAAAUUUACUUGAAGAAAAUGAUCAAAUUCUUGCUGACAAAGGAUUUCCUCAAGUUAAAAACAAAUUGGAUGACGAAGGAAAAAUGUUUUACUAG